ACAUAAUUGGGACGCUUGGGAAACGAAAGUACGAGCCUUCAGUGGUAUUUAUUUUUGUGUAUAAAAAGCCUUCCAUUUUAAGUUAAAUGUUGCGAUGAAUACAAUAACAAUACCCAGCACCGAUCCGACCACCUUUUGUCGCGUGUGUUUUGCAGAAAUUAACCUACUUAUUUCAAUCUGUCCAGAUACGGUAAACGAUAAAGUCACCCGACACCUUUUGCAUUUGGUUAAAACUCACCUUGGGUUGGAGUUUGGAGGUGGGAAUGAUUUCCAUUGUGCGGUCUGUGAAGUGUGCUACCGGUUGUUGCGGGAGUUUGAUUUGCUGUACCAGAACGCCCAGCAGAAUAACGAAGCGCUAAAUGUGCUGGUAGAUAGCGUGCUAAACAGUCAAUCAAAAUCGUACCAAUCAACUGAAGAUGCAUUGGAUAUGCAGGACACCACAGUCGUAGAGAUCGUCGGGCAGUCUUCUCCCAGAGCGGUAGUGCAUGAAAGCAGUGUUGACAAUGUACGCCACGUAAAAACGGAAGAAGAGGAUUUUUUCGAUGGUGAAAUAAUUCUCGAAGAGGUACCCUAUACCGACACCAGCCACGAAGAGCAUCAAGUGCACGUUUUCCAUCUCGAUGGUGAAUUGCAGCAGGUGAUCAUCGCCGGAGAACGGAGCAGUAACAAAGGGUCUCGGAAUGGUGCCAAAUCGCCCGUGGUGUUGAACCGAGCUAGAGAUGGCAGAAAACAAACGACCCCGUCAAAUGGGCGUCCCCAACUGAAGCAAACCCCUGUACAGCGUUCAUCGCACAAGGGUUCAUUUCACAGCAUGAAAACUCUCGAAUCAGGCAGAACCGUGCCAAAAGUAAUUCAACAACAACCACAAAAAACACCCACAAUGGCCAGGCGAAUGGAAAAAGAUACUCGUACCAUCCAAAGCAGAAAACUCUACCGGUGCAACAACUGUUCGAGCUUGUUUGGCGAGCAAUCUAAAUAUUUCAACCACGAUUGUAUUUCGAAGACGCGACCACCCAGCACAGAAAGAAAGUUGAUGCAAUGCACCGUUAAGCCAGAACCGUACAGGUGCCCCAAGUGUAACGUUUGCUAUCGACGCGAGAUGCUGUUGGAAAAACAUCUCUACGAGGCACACGGUGUCGUUAGUGAAAAUUUUGGCAUCACGUGCAUGAUCUGCCAAAUACAGUUCUCUCAACGGCAAGACUAUGAGCUGCAUGUUGCGGCAAUGCAUUAGAUUUUAUAUAUUAAAUUGAUUGAUUGAUUUGUCGUAUAUAGUCUAGUAAAAAAGAAACAAUGUGUAGUUUCUUUGUGUUUCACGUGCAUCAUUAUGCAUUCGUUUGGGUGAAUGAAGUGAAUAAAUGUGUAAAACAAUAUAACAAAACU